UCAAAGGAAGCAUUUGGAUUAGUUGAUGGAAAAUUUCCAAGUGUUAAUUUGGUUAAUUUGCCAGAUUUAAAUUUGCAUGAAUUUUUUGAAUCUCAUAAGGAAGAUGAUGAUUUAGUUGGUUGGAAUGAUUACUUGGGUCAAACUUUUGAGAAGUAUUACUAUAAUGAUACCAAUAAUGAUACUUUAGCUUUUCUUGAUAUGGAAAAUAUUAGAUCUUUACUUUCUGAACCUAGUAAAAAUAUAGAAGAUUUAUUUUCUGAUGAACCUAGUAAAAAUAUAGAAGUUUUAUUUUCUGAUGAAUAUGAAAAUAAAAAUAUUGCAACUAAAGAUAUAAACUUCAAUAAUCAAAAAUAUAAAUGGAGAAUAGAACUGAAAAAUGAUAAACUCGAUAAACUCGAUGAGGAUGAACUCGGAAAACUCGAUAAACUCUCAGUUUAUUCAGAUAAAGAAGAAUUACUGUGUUCAAAAGAUAUAG